CCUAACGGUUUAGUACGUACGCUUUGCGUUUUUUUUAGUAUCAAAGAGUGUCGUUUAUUUAAUUUCGUAGGGAUUCUUGUUGUAUGCGAAUUCGUUACUUUAUUUUAACGUCUAUUUUGAAAAGCGUAAUAAAGUACUGGCGUGAUUUUAUUAUUGUUGUAGUGUGCUCGUAAAAGUUUUGCGUGUGUGUGCGAAAAAUGUUUUAAUGAAACAAAUAAUAAAAAUAAUUCUAAAUAAAAUAAGUGUGAAAUUCGUAAUAGCAAACAAAAAAAAUGAAACAGAUUUGAAGGAAAAAUUGUUAGAGAACAAAAACUGAAAAUCGAAUAUACAUAUAGUACCCUGUAUGCAGCAGAAAAAAAAACAAUAAAAAACGAAAGCAAACAUCUAGCAUGGAGAGUGGAAAGCAACAUUUGUGAACUUCCGGUUGAAUAACUAUAUAAGUGCUAACACAGGGAGACAGAAAAUUCAAGGGAACGCAAGUAGGAGAGAGUGCAGAGAAGCAAAAAUAUACAAAAACAUACCAGAAAAAAUAACAGCAAAAAUCAACAAAAGCUAACAAAACCAGCAAAAAUAACAAACAAAAUAAAAAAAAAACUGAAAAUUGUUCAACAAACUCCCACAUUCACACACAGAGACAUUCAUACAACACUAACACACACACACAUAAAAGCAGACAAACAUUUUGCAAUUGCAGUAGAAAAAACAUCACAUGCAGACACAUUGAUUUUAACAAAAAAAAGUACGAAAAAAAUAUAUAAAAGUAUACACAUAUAAUAAAAAGUGAAAUUUUAUAAUUUUAAUACCAAAACGAAAGAAAGUUUGUAAAACAAAAAUUCCCUUGUAUACAAUAUAAAACGCAAAAAAAAAAUAAUAUUUAUUUCCUAAACGACCUUUUGCCAACAAAAAUAAUUUAAAAAUAAAAUUUCUAACGUACUUUGUAUUGAAACUGAAAACGUUUUAAUUUAAAGUGAAAACAGAAUUACACUUCUAAUUGCAGUUAAAUUCAAGUGAUUUAAAAACCAAUAACAAACAAAACCAAGAAAUACACAUAAAAUUAUGCUGGCCAUGUCAACACUCAUGAUGCCAGCACCUACUAUAGCCAUGGGUGCGGCACCACCACCGCCACCCACACAAAUAACAAUGGGUCCUCAUAAGCCACCGGAAACUAAACUCUUAGCCAUACAUCCGGCUGCUGCUGCAGCUGCGGCGGCAGCUCAUGCUCAACAUCAUCAUCAGCAACAACAUCCGGCUCAUAUGCAACAACAUAAUGGUCAACAUACUCAACAACAGCAGCAGUUGUUAGCAACACAUCAUCAACAACAGCAACAACCACACUAUCAACAGCAGCAACAACAACAACAAUCGGAUCGUCUCUUACAGCAACAACAACAGUUGUCAACUACUUCUAAACCAG